AAGAUGCCUCUGCUAGGCGCUACUUUCUUGGGUUGGAGGCCCAUAUGGAGGUACCUCCAUCUACUCGGAGAGAAGUACAAUCGGCAGAAACCCCACGGGCCCAAGAUCCUACCACUCAAGAUAAGGGGAUCUAUGGACACAAGGCGCUGG